AUGACAAACUGCACUUACGACUGUGUGGUGCUUCACAACGGUGUGCGCAUGCCGCAGCUUGGCCUCGGCGUGUGGAGGGCAGAGGACGGCAUUGAGACCUCGCGGGCAGUGCGGUGGGCGAUCGAGGCGGGCUACCGCCACAUCGACACGGCUGCGUACUACGGGAACGAGGGGGGCGUGGGGCAAGGGAUACGUGACGCGGGUGUGCCGCGCAGCGAUGUGUGGGUCACCACAAAGCUGUGGAACGCCGACCACGGCUACGACAAGGCGCUUGCGGCGUUUGAGCGAAGCCGUGAGCUGCUGGGCGUCGAAUACGUUGACCUUUACCUGAUUCACUGGCCAGGGAAGCGUCGGCUGAUUGAAACAUGGAGGGCACUGGAGAAGCUGUACGAAGAGAAGAAGGUACGCGCGAUCGGCGUCUCGAACUGUGAGCCGCACCACCUCUCAGAGAUCAUCAAGGAGUGCAAAAUCAAGCCCAUGGUGAAUCAAGUUGAGUUGCACCCGAGGCUGCAGCAGCACGUUGUACGGAACUUCUGCAAACAGCAUGACAUCGCGGUGACUGCGUGGUCCCCCCUUGGCAAGGGGGACCGGACUGGCAUUCUGCACGACCCCGUGCUGUGCGAGAUUGCCAAGGCACACGGCAGGUCCCCGGCGCAGAUUGUCCUUCGAUGGGACAUUCAACUCGGUAUCGUGACGAUUCCCAAGUCGACUCAUCAGGAGCGCAUUCGGGAGAACUUCAAUGUAUGGGACUUCCAGCUCACCACUGAAGAAAUGCAGCGUAUUGGCACUCUCAACGCAGACAAACGCAUUGGCGGCCACCCUGAUGAGUUCUUUCCUGAAGGAGAGGAAUGA